AUGGAGUCAGCUCAAACUCCGCGACCGAAGCGAGUCGCAGUCGUGGGAACAGGCAUGGCCGGUCUAGCGACCGCGCAUCUGUUGCAUCAAGAUUCCGAGAAACGGUACCAAGUCACUCUGAUCGAAAAGAAAGAUCAAAUAUCGUUGAGCGCCGAGUCCAUCCAGAUUCCUUCAUCCGAUCCUCAGGGUCAGCCCGUGUGGGCGGAUGUGCCCAUGCGCGCAUUCGCGGGCGGCUUCUAUAAUAAUUUGGCGCGGAUGUACGAUUAUCUGGGGGUGAAAUAUCACGAGCAACCGUUUCUUUUCAGCUUCACGAGGGUUCCCAGUCGGCAGCAACCAUUGUCGCCCACAUCGUGCACGUCAUUACUGUCCCCGUCAAGCGCAUGUAUCCCUGGACCGCAGAUGGUCUACGCUUCCAACUUUCACCAAUUGCCUCCGAUUCCACGCACAUCGGAGCUCUUGCAAUGGUGUAUGGAAGCAGUAUACGCCAUCUUAUGCUACGUGUGGUUCACAUUCUGCUGCUUCUUCAUUGCGCCUCACGGCGAAGAUCUUCAAAACGGACAGUUGAGCGAGUCCUUCGAUCAUUACCUGCGACGAGUUCGCAUCCCAGAACAUUACGCGGAGAAUUACCUCCUCCCGCUCAUCUCCAGUGUCUGCACCUGUUCGCAUCAAGAAUUGUUGAACUUUCCGGCUUCCGACGUCCUCGAAUAUAAGCGCCGCACGCAUCGCCAGCAGCAUUACGUGGUGAGCUCCGGCGUGCAAUGCGUUCAGCCGAAGCUCCUCGAGGGUGUGGACUUGCGACUGGGUGUCAAUUUGACCCAGGUGGUUCCUGAAGACCAAGGCGUCAGAAUCGAAUACUCGACACUGACAGAGACGGAAAAAUCAACGAUAUCAAACUCCGAACUUUUUGAUCUCGUGGUUCUGGCCGUUUCACCCGAUGUGGCCGCGGCACUGUACCCUGCCGUCCAUGCGCCAUUAUCGGCCAUCCCCACGACCUCGGUCGAAACCAUCGCCCACACAGACGAAUCCAUGAUCCAACCCAUGCUCCAGGCGACAAGUACACCUUCCUCUGCGGGGAAACCCGCGGCCCAUACACCAGCCUCGAGCAAGAACGCAAAAACCCAACGCAUCCACCUCCUCUCCAACGGCACCAUUACCGAGGCGGUCCACGAACAAUCGAAUUCCAUCCUCGUGUCGACAAAUCCGCUCUUUGCAGUGGAUCAAUCCAAAAUCAUCCGCUCGGCUAGCUUCACCCGGGUUUUGCGUAGCCCGCUCAGCCGUCUGCUGGUGAACUCCAUCUUUCAGAGGCGGGAUGGGACGAACGAUACAUCUGCUGGAAAGACGUGGCGCAAUGGAGACCAGGGAGUUUAUCUUGCUGGUGGUUGGUGCUGGGAUGGGAUGGUCUUGCUGGAGGGCUGUAUUGUCUCGGCAAUGCGGGUAGCAAAUGAACUGGGCGUGACUGUGCCUUGGAAUCAGAGGUCAUGA